AUGAAGUCGGUGCUGUUCAGCCGCUUUUUCAUCCUCCUGCCCUGGAUCCUGAUCGUCAUCAUCAUGCUCGACGUGGACACGCGCAGGCCCGCGCCACCGCUCACCCCCCGCCCGCACUUCUCUCCCUACGCCGCGGGCCGCGGGGCAGCCCGCGUCCCGCUCCCCCGCAGGGUCAGCCCAGGGCGCCACGCGGAGCAGCGCAAUGAGUCUCGGCCGCGGGCGGAGCCGGAGCCGCCGCUGCCCACCAUCUAUGCCAUCACGCCCACCUACAGCCGCCCGGUGCAGAAAGCGGAGCUCACCCGCCUGGCCAACACGUUCCGCCAGGUGGCGCGGCUGCACUGGAUCCUGGUGGAGGACGCGGUGGCGCGCAGCGAGCUGGUGAGCCGCUUCCUGGCGCGGGCCGGGCUGCCCAGCACGCACCUGCACGUGCCCACGCCGCGGCGCUACAAGCGGCCGGGGCUGCCGCGCGCCACCGAGCAGCGCAACGCGGGCCUCGCCUGGCUGCGCCAGACGCACCAGCAGCAGCGCGCCCAGCCUGGUGUGCUCUUCUUUGCCGACGACGACAACACCUACAGUCUGGAGCUCUUCCAGGAGAUGCGAACCACACAAAAGGUGUCAGUGUGGCCAGUGGGCCUGGUUGGUGGGCGACGCUACGAACGGCCCUUGGUGGAAAAUGGCAAGGUGGUUGGCUGGUACACUGGCUGGAGAGCGGACAGGCCUUUUGCUAUCGACAUGGCAGGAUUUGCUGUAAGUCUUCAAGUCAUCUUAUCCAAUCCAAAAGCUGUAUUUACGCGUCGUGGAUCCCAGCCAGGGAUGCAAGAAUCUGACUUCCUAAAACAGAUCACAACAGUUGAAGAACUGGAACCCAAAGCAAGUAACUGCACCAAGGUUCUUGUGUGGCAUACUCGGACAGAGAAGGUUAAUCUAGCCAAUGAGCCAAAGUACCUCGUGGACACAGUGAAAAUUGAGGUAUAAAUGGAAACACCAGAUGGUGCAGUUUGCCCAGUCAAGGGGUGUGGAAGAGGAUAUUCGGAGUUCAGGCUGCAGAUCAUUCAGGUAUUGUUUCUUUUACUUCAUUCAAUACAACAACUUUUACUGUCAUCUGAUGGGACUUCUAUUUUAACAGAAGCUAACUGGAUGCUACAAAAUGUAUGUUCUAUCUUCACUUGUUCUGCAUGUUUUAUCUACACCCUAAUGAAGAUUUCUGUACAGUAAGCUAAGUGACAGUGCAAGAUACUACUGAGUACCUUACACACUUGUUCAUCUUUUCCAUUUGGCUUUGUAAUUAGUAGAACUGAACAGGUUUUAGAACCUGAUGACAGGUAUUUUGUCAAGUAAACAUCCCUAGUUCUCUACUUCAUACCAUUUGGAAGGCUGGUGGCAGGUAUACAAUGUAGAAAUAAAAUCCACAAAAAAGUUAAUGGAUUCACCUGUUUAAUAUAGGGAAAUAACAUUUUGUCAAUACUAGGCACCAUAAAAUGUAAACACAAUUACUGUCAUAAACCUGGAUAUACUUUCAAGGAUGAAAAGUGGCUUUGUUUUAGUUACCCUGUUUGUAUAUAGUGCAGCAAAGGUCUUAGUGUUAGCACUAUGUACAUAUGAAGAGAUCCAAAUUAUGAGAGGCAGGUAAAAUUUGAAUUCUUAUGCUUAAGGUUUACAGUAACAUCCAGGUUUAUCUUUUCACUAACCACGUUCCCUGAAAA